AUUGUUUUUUUUAUCAAGCAGUGACAAUUGUUAAUACAACAUUUCGAAGAUAAUGUUCAGUUUUUUCAUCUAUUCGAUUUUUCUUCUGUAUAUCCAAUUUCAAUGUGUGAGAUGUCAACAGUUUGGAUUCAUUUCCGUGCAACCAUCAGCUUGCUCUACUGAACAAUAUUACAAUUUUGGAAUUUUACAAUGUGGAAAUUGCCAAGAUCCAGUGGGGAUGCUGCCAGAUUCUUCAGGUUACUCAUGCACAUGCAGACCAGGUUAUAAAGCAGACAUCAACAAUGUCAGAGUUUUGUCUUGUCAAGCAUGUUCAAGUGGAAUAACAACUCCAGAUGGAUAUUUCUGUUCAUCAUGUUCAAAUGGAACGGAUGUAAAUGGACAAUGUACAUGUGCAGUGGAUCAACAAUUGAUUAUACCUUCAUAUUCUUCAGUGGUAGAUUCUGUUGGAACUUGUUCCUCUUGUUCUUCAACAUCUUUGGUGAACACUGGAAAUUUGAACUGUGUGCCAUGUCCGGAAUGUUGUUUCAAUAUUACAUCUGCAGCAGUGUUUGGAGGCCUUUGUUUUAAUUCAACAACAGCAGGAAAUCUCAAUGGCAUCAGUAUACCAACAACAACUUCUGAUACUUCACCGUUCAUUACAUUGAAUGUCAGAGCUGCAUAUGGAGCAUGUGUUGCGGAGCCGUCUAUGCGUAAUCAAACAGCAUGUGAACAAUUAUCAAAUAUGUGUGUCAUGGAACAUUAUUCACCUACUGCAGUUUCAUGUACACAGUAUUUUGAAGCUAAUGGUCAAUCCUUUGAAAUAACUGAUGGAGAAGCAUGGCGGGCAAGUGGAAUUCCGUGGCUUUACUAUUCCCAAGAUUUCAACACUCAAAUUCAAGAGGAUACUGAAAUAACCACAGGAUUCUCUUAUAAUGGAAAUUCGAGGUUAGAAUUAUUUGUUGCACAAUAUAGAGCAAAUGGUACGUUUCUUGGUAUAUCAAGUGUUGAAGAUGGUUUGAUACAGCUUUGCAAGGACAAACCAACAGCGAUGAAUACUGCUUAUAUAUUUGGUACAACAUUUCUGUCUUCGUGUACCCUCGAUGCAAAAUCAUUAUUUCUUGAUGAAAAUAAUGCCAAUGUUUAUUAUGAUAUGUUUCUACAAUAUACAUCAAAUGCAGGAGAAAUAAUGUAUUAUCCUAUACCGGUACUCGUUGAAAAUUACCUUGAUGACAGAGACAAUGCUGUAAAUUCAGGAACUGGGACUGGACAAUUUACCAGAAGAUUUUUCUUGAUUGAUAAUGUGUACAGUGCAAAUGCUCGUUAUGCAAGCUCUAUGCAGUUAUUGAUCAGGAUAAGGCCUAAUUCACCUGCUGGACUGAUAUAUCCACCAAUAUUAAGAAUGUCAUAUUCAACUGUUGAUGCAAGUGUACUGACUGAUAGUACAAACCCUACAGUGCCUGCAUCAUUCACUGUAACAUACAGUUCAAGUGUAGCUGAUCAGAAUGAAGCAAUCAAGAUUACAUUGUCUGUAUUUGGUGUUCUGGCAUUCUUAUAUGCAGCAGUUGAAACUAGUGGAUGGAGAAGAAGACAAGGAUUGCCUUAUGUUGAAUUGACGACACUGAUUCAAUUCAUGCUGAUAUUCAUGGGAAAUUUGGCAAAUGUAUUUUUCGUGUUUGAACUCGGAUACACAACUGUUUUGUUGAUAUUUUUCAAGGGUCAAGAUUCUGCAACGUCAUAUGUGCCAUCUAAUGAUAGUUAUCAGAAUUAUUUGUUCAUCAUUUUUAUAUCAGUUGCGUUUGCUUGCAAGUUUCUUCAAGUUUUUGUCAUGAUAUUCCAACAAUCAUCUGUUGAUAUAUUUCUCAUUGAUUGGGAACGACCUCGUGCAAAAAGUGCGGACGAUGGAUCAAAUAAAGUCAGCAUAUGGAGAACUUAUUUUAUUGCAAAUGAAUGGAAUGAAAUUCAGACAUUCAGAAAAAUCAACACAUCGUUCCAGCUUUUAUGUGUUUUGCUCUUCUUAGAGGUUGUUGGUUUUAAAAAUCUGGCAACAUUGGAUUCCAGCAAUGGUUUGAAUCCACCAUCAAAUGGUUAUGAAGCUCCAACUAGUAACUUGCUGAGGUUUGCUGUAGGAGGUCUAGUGUAUGUUAUCGUCGCAUUAGUACAGGUUAUCUAUUUCAAAUUGAUCCAUGAAAGAUUCAUCAGUGAUAAAACUCGAGAUUUUGUCGAUCUUUGUUCUCUAUCUAAUAUCAGUGUAUUUGUGUUGGCGCAACAAACAUUUGGUUAUUAUAUUCAUGGAAGAUCCGUGCAUGGACGAGCUGACACUGACAUGGCUGAAAUGAAUCAAAUGCUAAAACGAGAAGAGGAAAAUUUGGUCAGUACCAGAGGUUUACUUGCAGGUAGUGAAGAUCAAGUGUUCGAAAUAAUGAUUCCAUUGAAAAUGAGACAGCAAUAUGAUAAAAUAUAUCAGCCACUGCAAUUGAUGAAAUCACAACCUGCUGCAAGAGGUGGUGGACAGAGCACAGGUGGCAUUACUUCGGAAAGUAUGAAAGCUUACAGCACUAUGAGGACAUUUUUGACAUCGUUCAUUAAUCAUUCGCUACGUGAUUUGGAUUACAAUGUCAGAGACAAGUUAUUUCUGGAAAAACUUCUCAACAUUGAGUUUCAAGAACCUAUUGAUAAAGCUUUUUUCACGAUUGAUGAUGCUUACUCAUUUGCUGAUAUUCUAUUUUAUGGACAUGAGUUUGCGUUACUUGUGUUUGAUAUUCUCCUAUUUUCUCUGGUUGAUUAUGGAUCUAAGAACUUUGUUCUUGCUGCUGUCAUCACAUACAUUGUUGGUGGGGUGUUCAAAUCUCUUCGUGGAAUACUUGGCAGAUACAACUUAGCAAGAAAAACCUUGAUUGACAAGAGGCUCCUGAUUUAAAAUCAAAUUCUGAGUCAAAUCGAAUUUAUAUUUUUUGAUUAAUUCAUUGAAUCUAGAUUAUUAGAGGCCAAAAACAGAUUGGAAAGGGCAAAAUGCAGCAUGGGUAUUGAUUGUUGUUUUCCAAUAUUUAGUAAUGAUUAGUAUUACUUACAACACAAUGAAGCAGGUUAUAGUUCACUCAACAUUUACUAAUCUUAUUGGCCUUACUGCCAAAAACAUUUAAAAUUUGAGCAUGAGGAGCAAUAGUAUAAUAGCAGAAGAUGCAUUAGAAGUCAAUCAACUCUAACUUCUUAUUUUCGACUAUCCAUGUAAAUUAGGUCACAUGCUUGGUAAACAUGUUUUCUCCACAACACAUGUCUUGGCUAUUAAAAAUAAUAAAAAAAGUAUUGCUUAUAUUGCUUCUGCUUAUCAGCAAAAAUGAGUUAAUGAUUUUGUUCGGAACUUUGAUUUUAUAUUAAGGUAGAUGUUGUGUUUGGCCAGCGGAGUGCAAAAUCCAAAAAUUUGAUUUUGUUAUUGGGGAACAUGUUGUGAAUUUUGUAUUUUAUGUAGUUGAUGAACAACAUUCCUAUUAAUAAGAGUAU